GCGCAUUCGACAUGAUCGUCUGGACCCACCAUAAAUUCUUGUAUGUCGUGUUUUGCGUAGCGCUGGCGCACGAACGAAUUUAUACGAUGCGCAUUGAGGGCUGCCAGUUGCAAGAAUAUACGAUGACUGACCUUGAGGCGGUGACGGGCUCUCAACGAUCAGUCUGGGAGGAUCUUGGCAGGGCGCGCCCCUGGUGGUCCGUACUUUCCGCUGAUCAAUUCGACAGGCGCAAUCUCAGUCAUACUGCGAUGACUGUCUUUUAUAAAAGCGGUGAGGCUGCAGUCCUAGACGCGCUGGCACACCUCGAUGGCAUGAUGUCGAGAGAAGUUGCGACAGUAUUAAAUAGCGGUACCCUGAAGUGGAGUGGUGGGGGUACUAUCGAUGCACUGCUGGCAGCGUUGUUGUGGUGGAUUUUGGAUGCGGCGUUGGUCGCCUCUCCAGAGCGCUCGCAAAGCGCUCCAAGUCGGUCCUACGCAGAGAAGCUUGUAAUACAAGCUUUGAGUAAUUUCUGCAGGUUACAAGAAGGACGCUUGAUCUGCAAUACCCCAAGGAGGCUCGACGCGUUCUUCUUAUACCGACCAAUUAUGCCACCGUCUGCGCCACACGCACGCGCUGCUCUCUAUUUACAAGUUGCAGCCUUGGAACACCUGUGUGAUGUGUUGGCCUUUGGUGGAUUUGGCUUCGUGCAGCUACUUACGGCCGUGUCAUCGGAAAUGAAUCUGUACCCUGGAGUCUGCUUGCGUCAUGAAUUGACUUUGGAUUCUAGGCGAGCAAUCGAAGAGCCCGGCAUGCAGCUCCAUUUCCUGCCACUUCAUGAAGCUAAUCGCCACCUCGCACUUCGCGGGUGCACCGUGCUCAGCACGAAACCCUGCGACGACCACGUCGCCGUCCCAGGACGUCCUGAGCCGCCACACUCCACCAAUAUGCAGCGAUGUGUAACUAUGGGCGACUAAAACCGGGACAACGCCGCAGGACAACACAAGUACAGCCAUGGCCACUGCUAGUCGCCCUCUUAUCUAUGGUCCUGUUUUAUUGCGCUUGACCCCCCUUGGACCUGGCGCUUGCUAGCCCAGUCUUCUUUUAGCCACCAGCGAGGGCGUCCGAGGGCGCCAAGCUCGGUAGUCAGUCUAAAGACCGGCCCGGGGCCCCAGCCCUCCGGGGGGCAACACCAUCCAGGACUUGAUAACACAUGGAGAUGGCAAUCUG